AUGAUAUACCUAUCCGGCAAGGGAAUCGUCCACAGAGAUCUGGCUGCCAGGAACUGUCUUCUGGGCGCGCCUACGUCUGAAUCUCACGGCGUCCCGGUAUUGAAAUUGGCUGAUUUCGGGAUGUCACGCGUGAUCGGCCGAGACGCGACGAAGAUCGUGGACCAUCCGUUUCCGGCGGGGAAGAAGUUGAAUGCAUACGUCACACGGGGAAGCUUGUCGUCGGCCAGCGGUUUUGAUCCCAAUGCGAGCAUGCAACGAUCCGCAAGUACCGAAAGUGUAUUCCGGAUGCUUCCCGAAAGCGCCGCUGCAGGCGACUUAGCACCUGGAGGGACUGAUCUGAAGCGAACGAAGAGUACCAAUAGUCUCUACGGAGGUAUGUGA